AUCUUUCGUUCUAGUAAUCUGUGAGUGUCUCAUCCUUCUCAUCCAACCGCCCACAGCAAGCAUGUGAUUAAGGACGAACACCGAUGACGAGACCUAGCGUCUUCCACUCUCCAUUAUCUCACCGUCGAUUGCCCAUCCCGGCUGGACUUUCAUUCUUCGUUUUGAAGGGCGUCUGUCUGGUCCUCGUGUGGAUGGGGUCAACAAUUGAUAGCGGGGUCAUGGUUGAACUGGGAGAUGCGGUGCCGAGUCUAUACUUAGUUUGGCGACUUUUAUUUCUGAGCUCACAUCUUGCUUUGGGCUGUUGCUUUCUAUCGUGGCACAUGUCUAAGGCCCAAAGCUGACAAGAUAACGUAGGCAAAACAUGGCACCAUCAUCUCCCUCUGGAUCAUCGUCAUCUUCGUUAUGUUACACCAACACUCUUUUGGCUAUGCCUGAUGGUCCUAUACCGGCCGCUCACCCUGAUCUCACCUCGCACACCUCAUCAUUCAUUGGAGGCUACCCGACUUUCCCUGCGCUUCCUUCUGCCGCUUCUAACAAGACAGGCAGCACGCCCUCGGACAUCAAGUGCGGUGUCUGCCACAAGUCGAUUCCCCUCCUGGCUCAAGUGUAUUGCCCACCCGAGGAUGGGGAGAAUGACCGCACAAUGUAUGUGUUUGCUUGCCCCAAGGUAGGUUGUCAAAAACGUGAGGGAAGUGUGCGUGCAUGGCGAGCCUCGGUCCGCAAUGAGGAGUAUGUAAGAGACGUAGAAGAGAAGCGUAAAAUCGCGGAGAAGGCGGCUGAGGAAGAGCGUGAGCGUGCUAGACAGAACCCUUUUACACUUGGCAGCGAUGGUGCUCAGCCUGCUGGGUCUGCUCUGUUCGGUUCUGGUCAGCCUCUCUUUGGUGCUGCUGCACCCAGCCCUUUCGCAGCUCCGUCAGUGUCCACCGAUCCCACCUCGGCGCUCUCUGCCCUCUCUAUCAACGAGGAGGAAGCCGCGCCCAUCAUUGCCGGUCCCUCCAAGACAUUCACUCCUCCCUUACCAGCCUAUCACCCCGUCCAGUACCUUUCCACCAUCGAGGAGUACAUCCCCCCGGCAGAAGACGACGUCUCGAUUGCUUCCUCGGAUGACGACGAGACGCCCGAGCAAAAGGCGGAAUGGCACGAAGACGGUUGGGAGAAGAUUUUGCCCAAGCGCACGGACGAAGUGUUUGAGCUUUUCGUCGGUCGGCUCGAGAGUGCCGAAGACGGCAAGAGGCAGGUACUGAGGUACGACCUGGGUGGCCAGCCCUUGCCAUACUCGUCCCAGUCGCCUCUGACCAGAAAGCUUUUCCCCGGUGCGGAGAAGCCUUUGGGGAAGAAUGACGAGUUGGACUUGUCUGCGCUGUACACUGACAAGUCUAUUCCCGCUUGCUCGCGAUGCGGCGGCAAAAGGGUCUUUGAGCUCCAGGUCGUCCCUUCCCUCAUCAACAUUCUUCGUCCCCACACUCUCACCACCACCGGCUCCGCUUCUGACGAGGUUGCGCCUACAGCGAUUUCAGAGGACGAGCGCCGUAAAGAGCUGGUCAAGUUGGCCGCAGGUAUCAAGGAAGAGGGAGCAAAGGAGCAGGAUGGAGAGAUGGAGUGGGGAAACAUCAUUGUUUAUGGGUGUGAAAGGGACUGUGUAGGGGUUGGAGAGGAGUGGGUCGGAGUCGAGUGGGAGUCGGGGCUGGAGUUGUAGACUGCUAGAAUUAUAAUCGCCAUGAUAUGCUAUGACCA